CCGAGCUCUCCGCUACUCUGUCACGCGUGUUUGCGUACUCUCCGCAUCCGCAGCUGCCCUUAUCAAAACAUUCCCGCAUUGGGAUCGAUCUGCACGUCUCUACGCUACUGGUGAUAACGUACGACCCCCGAAUGACGUUGCGACUGUAGUGUCCUGUUUAUACUGUGUUGUGAUUUAUGGCUUGUGAAUAUCGGUUAUCGGAUUAUUGUUUACAAAAUUUGUAUUAAUUUAUCACACUUCGGAAAUAAUAGCCGAGCGUCGCCUGCGCACGCCUUCGACGUCUGUCUGCUCCAUGAGCAUUCCUGGUAUGAGAGCAGGGUGCGUAGUAUGCGCGCGAUGGAUGCGUGAUCGGUCAUCAUGCGCCUCUUCCGCGGGCCGAAGCGCAGGGAAGUGACCGGGCCGCAGGCCGCGACGUCUCCGCGCGGAGAUCUCGCCGCGCACACCCCGCACAACUACACGCUCGUGACAGCGCUCCCCGCUAUGGUCAUGGAGGACGACGUCAACGACAUGAAAAAAGUGUUUGCUACGUGGGGUCGUCGCAUGGGCAAGAAAUUAGAUAUGUUGAAAAGGACGGAGACAAAAGAAUCACCUGAAGAACCAGUCAAAAACGAAAAUAUAAGUGACGAUUCCUCGUUGAUUAUUACUGAAAGGUAUAAAAAAAAACAAAAUUGGAAAAUGGGAAGAAGCAGCUCAGAUUCAACGUCCUUAAAAAAAGAUAACGACAGCGACUCUAUAAGAAGCGGAUCAAGAGAUAGAUCACCAAGUCCCUUUAAAACUUUUUUUCAUAGGAUGGGUUCAACUGGAAUGCUGAAUUCCUCUAAAACUCAGUCUCUACAUACCCCGAAACCACCUGAUAAUUAUCCUUUAUCCAACGGACAAUCACUUUAUCGUAGUUGUUCUACAUCACAUUUAUCGACAUACGUCAAAGCAGAUGACCCUUCUGAUGAUAUUGAUUUGCAGAAUACGAACGCGGAAAAUAAAAUAUCUCCUUCUAAACAAAAACACACUAAGUUAUUAUCAGAGGAAAGCUUAGUAAAUACAUCAACAAAGGCAGUAAGUUGUGAUAACAUACCGAACAAAUUAGAUGGGCAGCAAAAUACAGGAACGUGUAAAAAACCAAAUUUUCCGUACGCUUUCUUGCGGUCUAAGUUAUCCGUCUUGCCGGAAGAGAAUAGUAUGGCAUCACAUCAUAGGUCAGUAUCAGUAAGACAAAGCUUUUCGGAAAGGAUAGAUCGCAGAUCUCCUAAAUUUCGAAGGGAAAGAAUGUAUUUGCCUAAUUCUCGGUCAGAAGAGCGAUACCAAAGCAGUGAUAACAUAUCCGUCCACGAAGAAAAUUUACUAAUCAGUGCGAGUCUGAGAAAUAAUUGUGAAUAUACGAGAAAUUCAACGAGAAGUGUUAACGACCCAGACAUAAAUGUCUACCAACCUCAUCGUAUUGAGGAUGUGCCACGAAGAUCAUCAAUGGUGUCUCAAAAGGCACCGUUUGAUUACGACCCAAUGUUGCUACCCAGGAAUAGGAAUAGUUUGCCAGUGUAUGAAUAUAAUUCUGUUCUUGGAUCUGCACAUGAUCUUAAAGCUGAUCUUGCGUCUUCCAAUCAAAGCAUACAUCUAGAAGUUCUACAGGCUCAUAGGUUAAGCAACUACGUCAGCUCAAAUGAGUCUGGGUAUGAUAGUGAUGGUAGACCUACAGAUGAGCAUAGUAAUCAUUCGCCCCCAGGUUAUUCUUGUAAUUCUCAAGGGGCAUCUAACAAUAAUGGAGAGCCCAAUCAUGGUAAUUUUUUAAGACAAUUGAGUCUUAACAAUAAAAUAAACGUAAAUAGAGUUAAUACACCUGUUCGAAGAAGCUCCACACCCUGUGCUCUAUUUCCAAUUGAAAAAAAUAAUUCUUAUGAAUACGAAAAGCAUAAUGGAGAUAUAAAUAAAUAUAAAAACAACGAUACAAAUCAUCUUAUUAUGAUUGACUACAAUGAUGCUAAACCUCCACCAUUGCCAAAGAAAACUAUCAAUAAAAAAACACCCUUUAUUUACAAAACAAUAACGUUAGAUGAACGAGUGCAAACCAGAAAAAUUAAGUUAUUGCAAUCCCAAUUAGUUCCCAUAGAUCACUCGUCGACGCCAAACCUUAGUGAAAGUUUAAUAAGUACUUCUGAAGAAGUGGUCGAUGUGCAACGAAUUCAAGAAACUGACAUACUCGGCCGAGGGCCAUGUACAAAAAGGUUUCGGAAAAUAAGAUUAUUGAAAUCAAGACUUGAUGAAAGCCUAGGCGUGUACUUAGCGCAACAUAGAGUUGAUUUUGAUAAUGGAGGGAAUAAUUAUGAAAUCCGAUAUAUUGUGGUAAAACUAGAUUUUGAUGGUAUAGCUCACAGAGAUGGAAGACUUCGAAUAGGCGAUGAAAUAGUUAAUGUAAAUGGUAAAGUUUUAAGAGGAUUAUCUUCUCUAAGAGAUGUACAACAUAUAGUUAACUCUUGUUCAACGGAAGCUACUAUUGAAGAAGGUGCACUAUUUCACAGAUAUCAAGUUGAUUUAGUAAUGGCACAUGACGAAAUUUCUCCGAUUACAUUGAGUCGAAUUAUUAAUAAUCAGCAUUGUGAAUCAAAUUCGAUGCAUUCUUUGUCAAGUAUACCGCCUGACAUUAUCCCACAAACGGUUCACAAACCAUCUUCUAGCCAAAUAAUUAUAGAAACUCAUUUCCCAAGUGAAGAUCAGCAUAGGCGAAACGCAAAUAGCACAAAAGGCAAUUUUAAUAAUAGAACUGAUAUAAAUAAUAAAAAAUGUGAAGUUGGAGUUCAAGUAAACAAUAGUCUAUUGUUGUCAAAUCAAAAAAGUGACGACGAAAAAUUACUAGAGCGAAACUGCUACACGCAAUCUCAUUCAUCUCUACAAAAUAUCACAAAUAUAGAAAUCUCAAUGAGAUCGUCUCCUGUACCGAGACAUUCUAAUAGCAAUAACUAUAGACCCAUAUCUCUACAUAAUUCACGGCCUCCACCAAUUCUUGGCCUAUCAGUUUGUAAUGACAAUACAACAAACGAAAUCAAAGAAAAUUCUUCACAUUACAUAAAAAAUGCUCAAAGACUAUACCAAAACAGAUCUUUCGAGAGUAUACCAGAACAACUGAGGAGCAGUAGCCGAAGCAGGUUUUUCAACAGAGUUGGAUCACAAAGAUGUACGCCUAACUAUGCCCAUGUGUCACGACACCAAGAAUAUAAUAAUCAUCAAGAAAAUGUUAUUUCUUCUCACAACACCGUACACAGAGCUGAAUUCUGGAAAGGACAAGGUCAAAAGAGCCUUGGCUUUAGUAUUGUAGGCGGAACCGAUUCACCCAAAGGGCAAAUGGGAAUAUUCGUAAAGACAGUCUUUCCAAAUGGUCAAGCAGCCGAUAAGGGAACUAUCUAUGAAGGUGACGAGAUUUUAUCAGUCAACAACGUUCCAACGCGUGGACUCAGCCACGCUGGUGCAAUAUCGUUGUUUAAACAAGUAAAAGAAGGAAAAAUAGAAUUGACGCUUUCAAGAAGAAGAGCUCCUAGGUCAAGAUCUGUGGAACCUCUCGGCAAUUUUCGCGGUGAAUGUAAAAGAGAUUGAUACUAGAAGAGCCAGAAGCCCAAAGACAGCUUAACAUGUUUUUAUUAAGUGCAAUAAUAUUUUACUUUAUAACUUGGCCAAAGGCGAAUCACUUACAUAUUAGAGUUAUUUUCAUAGGUGUAUAAAAAAAAGUACGUGGUACUUGUACCUGUAUCCCAAGUAUAGUAUAACGCGUAGUCGUUAUAAAUUAAUCACAAAUUCAUCUCAAUUCAUCGAACAACUUUCACCGGUAUUUACAAACGUUAGGUACUAUGUUGAACCUAUUGUGUUUCACAGUGCAUCCGAAAACUAAGGGGAAGAGUCCUCCAAACUGAUUAUUUAUUAAUAGACCAUGUGUAUUGUCUCUUUUUAAAAAUGUGAUUGAGGAAACCCGCAAUCGGAUGCACUCUGAGACCAUUUAUCAAUGUUUGUUAUUAGUGGUAUUAAAUAUUGUACACGUUGCUUUGAUAGCUUUACAGAGUAGAAUGUACAUAAUAUGCGGACAUCUAAUGUUAUAUUCCUACUUUCAUAAAUUAUUUAAUCGUGUUUCGAUAUUUUGUCAACCUCUAUAAUAAAUUGUAUAAUGUGACUAUAAUAAGACUGUACGUAAUAUCUACUAAGUUAUAAGACUAAUAAGUUCUUAAUUAAUAGGCAUGUCCCAAUAGAAAUGCUAGAUCUCGUUACUACUGUAAUUUCUACGUAUUCAAAUAUAGUCCAUACAUUAGAGCUGAUAGUGAGUCUGCCGACUUACCGUAUUGUAGACACAAAAAUAUAAUAAUCGUUUUGUAAUCGAUAAGUGGUCUGUAAACCAAACUGCGCUCGCACAAAAAACCUGCAUGGUAACAAAGAAUUAUGACUGGGCAUGCCAACUGUUACGUAUCGGAAUCUGCUAUCAGCUCUCGUGGAGCAGACUUUAGGUGCUAAAAUAUUAAUAUGACAAUCACCUUAACUUAAAAUAUAUCCAAUGUGACUAAAGUACAUAGACAGUUCUUUUUAAUUCUAUAAUAAAAUAAUAGACUGAUAUUUCAAUUUUCUAUACUUAAUAAUUAUUUGUACCUAUAUUAGCAACCAAAGCUUAGUGAUUACGUGGGUAAUAUUUAAACAAUUAUGAUACAUACUUCUAUACUUAUUAUACAUACUACAAAUCGCCGAACAUUAAUCGGCGAAUCUGCUCCGUCCAAUGAAAUUGUUAAAAGGUCAAUUAUUCAGUAUUUUGAUGAUUGGCAAUACACAUCGAGCGUAGAAGGCAUGUAUAGAGAAAUUCGAAUUUCUCGUACGAACCAUACCAUCCAGAACCGAUCGAAAAUAAUUAAUAUACAUACAUUUUUAAUAAUCAUGAACAGUAUUGUUACAACGUAAUUUAAAUGUUUUGUAAAUAAAUUAAGGAUACCUCUCGAUGCUUCCACACGUUUAGUUGAAAAUAAAACAUUUAUAAGUAAA